UAAAGAGGUUGACUGCUGUCAGUACUCGUUGAGCGAUGUCUGCGCGUUAGACUUGCUUUUUAUACCCGUUUUAUACUUAAUAGAAAAGAAGGUAUACUUCUUAAAUAUUGUUGUGGUCAGUCUAAAUAAGUUAGAAUUUGUGUACGCACGCGAGCAGCUAUCAACUUUUUAAACUAAAUGCUUGGUUCUCGGAAAUUUUGACUCACGAUUAUUAUCAGUGCUCACACGGCUAUCAAACUGUAAACAUUUUAUACUUUUUUAGCAGAAAAAAAAAUAAUUGGUUAUAAAAUUUGUAUAUCAAACGAUAACGACAAGCAUAUUAAAAAUAUAAUCUUGGUCAAAGGCAGCGUCCCCUAAGAGUCAAGGCUGCCUAACGAAUGUCUGUAAGGUCGCCUUUUAUUAUAAUGACACCGAUCUGAUCUGUUUUUUAUGAACUAGCCACAGAAAUUAACGGUCAAUCGUUGACUUUUGUAAGAAAACUCUAAUCCACAAGCUGCUUUUGCGAUUGAACAUGGAUGACAAUUUUAGUUUAAACGACAUCGAUCUAAAGGAGGUAAUCGGGAGAGGCUAUUUUUCUACAGUAUACAAAUCAUUUUGGCUUCAACAUCAAGUUGCGGUUAAAACACAUCGCAAAUUUAAUUACGAAUGGGCCAGAAAUAAAUACGCACAGCUAUUAAGCAUUGACCAUAAGAACAUACUGAAAUUUUAUGGGAUUGCAGUCUCUCCAGCCAAAGAAUUGUACGUAGUUAUGGAAUACGCAGACUGCGGAUCGCUGGCUUACCAUAUAUACGGGUCAGAUGUCCCAAGCUAUUCUACGGAGGAUGCACUCAAAUGGAUGCUCCAGUGUGCCGAGGGUCUUGCAUUUUUACAUGGACUGACGCCUAAGCCCAUAUUUCAUGGCAACCUGAAGCCGGAGAAUUUGUUUUUAGUCGAUAACUGUCGCUGCUUGAAGAUCGGCGAAGUAGCCGCUCGAGGAUACGCCGUAUCAAAUCAUUAUAUACCACCAUCUAACAAAGAAGUAUAUGCCGAAAAAACCGACGUAUAUAGCUUUGGGAUAGUGCUUUGGGAAGUGCUUUGCCGCAGGAAACCAUUUUGUGAAAAUGAACCAUCUGCCUUUCCCGUCUUAAAAUAUAUUUUUCUCGCUGGACGUCAACCACCCUUGAGUUGUAUCCCGGAUGGGUCGGGCUCUACCAAUUUAAAAUCGUUAAUUAGCAGGUGUUGGCACAGCGACCAAAAUAUGCGGCCCAUUGUGAAAACUGUGCUAUUGAACCUUAGCAUAAUUAUCAGGCUAUAUUUUGGCAACGUCCCAACCUUAGAAACACAAGCCACAGAUCAUAUCGGAGAUGUAAAAUUGGAAGAGGAAAUUGGCAGAGGCAGCUUUGGCGCUGUCCACAAGGCUAAGAUGUAUGACAUUCAAUUGGCGCUGAAACGAAUUUUUGUAAAUGAUGCGGAUGCCAAAAAGGGCAUUGAAAGAGAAGUGAAGUAUCUAUCCAGCGCCUAUCAUGAGAAUAUAAUCAAAUUUUAUUGUACUAUGGAAGAUAAAGAGUGCAACACGUUGAUCUUGAUGGAAUACGCAGACUGCGGAUCACUCCACAAUUACAUGUAUCGUGAUAGUAAAGAAGAACGAAACUACACACACGUGGCUGCCCUCAAUUGGAUGCAACAAUUGGCUAAGGGUGUUGCUUACUUACAUGCCAUGAAACCAAAACCCGUAAUUCAUCGCGAUCUGAAGCCACACAACUUGCUACUUGCGAACAACUUCCGCACCUUAAAGAUAGCCGACUUUGGAACAGUCACGGAACAGGCUACUUUGAUGACGAUGAUAAUUGGCACUCCCGGCUAUAUGUCGCCAGAGGUUAUCAAUGCCCAAAAGUACACGGAGAAAAGUGAUGUAUUUAGCUUUGGCAUUGUGUUUUGGGAGGUAAUGGCACAUAAAAAGCCCUUCUAUCACUUGGAAAAUAAUGAACCAGUCGCGAUGUUGGUUCAAGUUAGUAAGGGUAAGCAUCCUCCUCUAAAAGAUGUGGAAAACUGCCAAAAUGCGGAGAAAUUAAAAAAACUAUUGAAACGUUGUUGGAAUAUUCUUCCGAAAAGCCGACCAACUAUGGACUUGUUGAAAGAAAAGCUGAACAAGCUAUAUUUACAGAGCUAAUAUUCCACAAACUACUUUAAGAAAACCAGAAAGUGUGGACCAAAAUUUACGAACUCUGGAAAAUAGUAAAUGCCGAGGCAAG